AGAAACUAUGCUAGAAUCGGUCUACCUCGUCCGGCUGUGGUAUAAAGCUCAGAGGCUUGGUGUCCAUUUUUCCUUUGUACCUGCAUCAUCUUCGUUAUAAUGGCAGCCACUCUCGUCAGCUUCAUCCUCACCCAAAGCAUCCAUGCCGCGCCUAUUUGUCAACAUCCCCCACCCAACAGUACAGCUUUCUCCAUAAAUUCCUCGGAUGCCUGUCACGAUCUGCGCACCUGUCGGACUAUGUGGAGCAUGGUGUACAGCUGCCUCCUUACGAUAUUUGCCUGCAUCUGGACAGCGAUCCAUCCAAAUGUGCCUAAUGAAUAUUCGGAUUGGUUGCUCGCCCUGUUGAAUUCUCGUGGCACCCAGAUGAUUUCGACGUUGAUUGUGCCAGAGAUGUCGGUUGCGGCUGCAUGGGUUGACUUCUCCGAGGCGUGGAGAAUAUCAAAAAAGUGUGCUGGAAUCAAAGGAUGGUCAUUCACCCAUUCAUACUUUGUGAUGAUGGGUGGCUUCUUUGACUCUUCCAAACGAAAAAUGGUGAAGCCAACCAAAGAUGAAGAUCCUUCUACUCUCUUUGAGAAAUACCCCGGCAUCGUCGACAAGUCGGGAGGUCAGAGAAAGGUCGCAGUAACAAGGAAGCAGAUCCUCGACAAAAGUAAAGGCAACUUUUUUGCAAAGUCCAUUGCUGUCCUCCAAUUACUGUGGUUCACCAUUCAGUAUGUUGGACGGUGGGCAAGUCAUCUACCCAGGUCACAACUGGAGACAAUGACUCUCGCUUAUGCGGGACUUAGCAUCCUUGACUAUGCUUUGUGGUGGCAUAAACCGCUGGAUGUUCAUUUCCCAAUUCCUGUGACGGAAGAAAUUCACCCCAAUCCCCCAAAUUCCGAUGCCAUCACUGAUCAGGGACUGUCGAAAACGGAGACCGCGUCAAAUCCGACUUCCAAUCCAGCGAAGACCAUGAAUAUGCAACUCUUAUGGAUGUUUGGAGUGACUGGUAUCAUUUUUGGUGGGGUUCAUUGCCUCGCGUGGUCAUUUCCAUUUCCGACGCGUGCGGAGAAACUUUUGUGGCGCAUUUCUGCGAUAAUUAUUACCGUGACCCCUGGCCCUUAUGCAUGGGGCUGGGCAAGAUGGAAAAGGGGGGAUGUGAUAAGCAUGCUCUUUGGAGCCCUCCCCAUACAAUUCUAUCCUUUUGCUCGGAUUAUCCUGUUCACUCUCACACUUACAUCCUUACGGUCUCCGCCCCCCGAUCUUUACCGAACUACAUCCUGGACAUCUUUCAUCCCCCACCUAGGAUAACGCAAUCGUAGACACAUAGUAUCGUUGCUCUCCAUAACAAGAACAGUCUAGUGGUAUUCGGACACAAAUACACCAGAUGCGUCCAUCACAACUAUCCUGCACCAUCACCACAAACGCACGGAUCGAAUGAGGUUCCUCUACAAGACUUCUCGCCAUACUAUCCCCCUUUGUCCUUGCCUUCCCCUUUUUUAACUAGCUACUAGUUGCCUAUCAACUCCCUACAUCCUUCA